AGAAUCAUUGUAAUUAAAAUGUAUUGUAAUUUACAAUAAACUAUACAGUGUAUAGUAUACAAUAUACAGUAUACAGCGCUUGCUGAUCGCUUCUACUUUCUCUACUCUUGUUUUUAACUUUUGUUUUAAUACUUGGUUUCAUCUAUAAAUAAUCUGUAUCUUUCUAUAACUACAAAAUGUUUAAAGAAUUCCAGAAAAAAGACAAAAAAAUAUAUCUUCGAAAUUGAAUAAUAAGAAGUUUGUUCAACAAAAAUGGACGAAGAAAAGUUGAUUGAUGAAAUUAUUAAGUUACGUGAACUGUUGCGCGCAAAGGAAGAUCAACUGGCGGCUUUAAGGCGCGAGAAACAAAUUAUCCAAGAUUACGGUUUAAGUAAUAAUGAGAUAUCAAGAUACAGCAGACAAAUUUUCUUACCAGAAAUUGGUAUUAAAGGUCAGUUAAAAUUAAAAAAUAGUGCAAUAUUAAUUGUUGGAGCAGGUGGUCUUGGAUGUCCUGCUGCAUUAUAUUUGGCAUCUGCUGGAGUUGGACAGAUUGGUAUAAUUGAUUAUGACAGUAUUGAGCUUAAUAAUCUUCACAGACAACUGUUAUAUGCAGAAACAGAUAUUGGAAUACCAAAAGUGGAUGCAGCUGCAGAAAAACUUAAUAGAUUAAAUAAUAACAUUAAAGUUACACAAUAUAAAGUUCAACUAGAUAGUAAUAAUGCUUUAGAAAUAAUAAAAUGUUACGAUGUAGUGCUGGAUGCUACCGAUAAUGUAGCAACACGAUAUCUAUUAAAUGAUGCAUGUGUUUUAACCAAGAAGCCUUUAGUUUCAGCAUCAGCAUUAAGAUUUGAAGGACAUUUAUCUGUAUUUAAUUAUUAUGGUCCCUGCUAUAGGUGUAUAUUUCCCACACCUCCUCCUCCAGAGACAGUAACAAACUGUGGCGAUGGUGGUGUUUUUGGUCCAGCUGUUGGUACUAUUGGUGUUCUACAAGCACUAGAAGCUCUAAAAAUUCUACUCAAUUUACCUCAUGUAUUAUCUGGUCAACUUUUAUUAUUUGACGGAUUAGAAACGAAAUUCCGAAAUAUUAAGUUGCGUGCUAAAAAUGUAAAUUGUAUUAUUUGCGGUGAACAUCCGAUUUUACAAAAGCUGAUCGAUUACGAACAGUUUUGUGGUUCCAAAGCAAACGAUAAAGAUCUAAAGUUAAAUUUGUUAAGAGAAGAGGAAAGAAUAAGCGUAGAAGAAUAUAAUAGAGCACUAAAAUUGAGAACAGAAGCUCACGUUUUGAUUGAUGUGCGUUCUCCUGAAGAAUUUGAAAUUUGUAACUUAAGGAAUUCUAUAAAUAUACCAUUAAACGAAAUUAAUAAUGAUGAAAAUAUAUCGUUAAUAAAACGUAAGAUACAAGAAAUAUUGGACAAAUAUGAUGCAGCUAAUUUAUACGUUAUGUGUAGAAGAGGAAAUGAUUCACAAAAGGCUGUGAGAAGUCUUCAAAAAGUAUUUAACAGAAGUAACUUAACAAUAAAGGAUGUAAUUGGUGGAAUUCAUGCUUGGAGUAGAAGAAUUGAUCACACCUUUCCAGUGUAUUGAUUAUAUAAAAUUAUAAUCAUUUUUUAUUCAUAAAAUUAAUAUGAACAGAAUUUCAAUAUUUAACAUAGAUUUUUAUAAAUGAUGUAUAUGUGAAUUACAUAUACACCUACAAUUAGAAAAAUAUAUUGUUGUAUGUAAAGUAAGUUAAUUCAUUCAGUAUAUUUUUCUAUUUCUAAACUAGUUAAACUUGUUUCUGGAUGUUUGUAGUGAGAAUCUGAUAAAUUUCUCAAUUUAUCUGCUGCCUGUUCUGGUGUUAAAUCUCUCUGUGCUUGGGCAAGAAGUUCAUACCCAACCAUAUGUUUUUUUAUAGUUGCAGAACGCAGUAAAGGAGGUAAGUAAAUUCCAUGAAAAGUCCAGUAAGGAAAAUCUUCUCUUAUAUAUUGGCCAGUGGGUGCACCUUUCAAUAAAAUGUAUUAUAAUCUUUUAUAAGUUUGUAUACAUAGUAAGUAUUUGAUUACAUACCAUGCCAUCCCAUAGAAUAAGGAAAAGAACAUUGAAAUAAAUUAUCAUAUUUUGUACAUAAUCUUUUCAUAGCAACUGCCAAUGAUUCUUGUUGACAUUCUGUUAAAUCCUGCAUUCUAGAUACUUGUUUUUUGGGUAGAACCAUAGUUUCAUAUGGCCAUAUUGCCCAAAAUGGUACUAAAACUACCCAAUCUCGAGUUUCAAAUACAACACGUUCCUUUAAUAUAAAUUAAUAACAUCAAUUUAAAUUUACAAACAUUUCCUUUUUAACCAACAUAUUUUACCUUCUUAAGAAGUUCUUUCUGCAUAUAAUCUAUAAGAAGUGGUUUCUUCUUACGAUUAUAAUAAUCACUGAGAAAUCUAUCUUUUAUUUUAGCUUCAUUUGGUAAGAAAGAACUAGCCCAAAUUUGACAAUGAGGGUGUGUAUUACUGCAUCCCAUUAAAGCACCCCGAUUUUCAAAAAUUUGGACCCAUGUCCAUUUUUCUCCUAGUUCAAGCAUUUCAGAGAUCCAUCUGAAAUAUGAGAAUCCUUAUUAUACAUUAAGAUAAAGAAAUCAAUUUUAUUUUAAUUAAUAAUAACCAUACCUUUUAAUCACUUCUUUGAUUUCAGAAACUUCCAUAAGUGCUACUGUAACAUUAGAUUUUGGAUGAAAACACAUUACUUUACAAGUACCUCUGGCAGCAUCCAUUUGAAAUAAUUCAUCUUCUGACUUUGAUGGACUAGGAACUGAUUCUAAUAGUGCAGGAAAAUCAUUAACAAAUGAAUAUGUGUUUUCAUACAUUGGAGUAAUCUGAAAAAAGUAAAACAAAAUUUUGCAUAUAUAUUCAAAAAUUGCAAGAAUAAAUGUAAAAACAUGUUUGAAUAUACUACCUGUCCGCUAGCUCUAA